CUCCCCAAUUUCCUCCGCAGAAGUCCCGACAGUCUUCCCAAGCCACAGCCUUCGCUCCCCGCUUAUUCCCCAUGGCUGACGCCUACAACGACAAGAACGGUGAUGCCUAUGUCAACCUGGACACCCAUGACACGGACGUCGGCUCCAUCAACAACGUCACCGCUAACCUUCCGCUGCAAGUCAAGAGCCUGUUCGCCAGACAACUGAUGGCCGAGUUCUUCGCCACUUUCAUCAUGGUCAGCUUCGGACUGGGUGCAACGGCGCAGAUCACGCUCAGCUCGGGCACUGCCGGGACCUUCAUCACCGUGGCGUUGACGUGGGGCAUUGCCUAUUUCCUCGGCAUCACCGUGGCUGGCGGCGUCUCUGGCGGCCACUUGAACCCCACCGUGACAGUGGCUGUAGCUGCACUCGGCAUGCUGCCAUGGAAGAAAGUGCCGUUCUACCUCCUCGUACAGCUACUGGCCUCCUACAUCGCCGCACUGGUCGUAUACAUCCUGUACCGCCCCAUGCUCAACAUCGUCGACCCCGAACGUACUUCGACCAACGCCAUCUUCGCUACGUACCCGCUUGCAAACGUGGGCAACUUCACGUGCUUCUUGACCGAGUUCUUCGCGGCGGCGGUCCUGGUCGUGGGUUUCCUGGCGCUCCAGGACCAGCACAACCGUCCCAUUGGUCGUCAAGCAGUUCCUGCCGCCAUCGGUGUGCUCGUCAGCGCCAUCGCCAUGGCCUUCGGCAUGAACACGGGUCUAGCCAUCAACGCCGCUCGCGACCUGGGUCCGCGCCUCCUCAUGUGGACUGUCGGCUUCGGCUCGCGCGUGUUCUCGCUCAACCACUACUACUUCUGGAUCCCGCUCGUGGCCCCGAUUCUGGGUGGUGCUGUCGGCGGCAUCGCGUAUGAAGGCAUGGUCGGCUACCACCACCCCACUCGCUCGCACGGCCCGUAUCCGGAAUUCCGCUACUAG